AUGAAGUUCUUGCUUCAGGUUGCAUGUAAUUUCACAGAAGCUUUCGAUACUCUGCUGGAUGCCUACGAGCGGAUUGGGGAGUCCAUGCCCCUGGUUGAGCAGUACCGAGAAUUAUUUACUGGGAACUCUCACAUGGACGAAGCGCUUGCCAAAAUAUACGACGAUAUACUUGAAUUUCAUCGGCGAGCUUUGCGCUUCUUCAACCUGCCUACUUGGCGUCAAAUAUUUCGCAGUGUUUGGAAGGAUUUCAAUUCUCGCUUCGAGCACAUUCUUCAGGAUCUUCGUCGACACAAAGAAUUGAUCGAGAGCCAGGCGACUGCCCUUUAUUUCAAGCAAUACCAAGUGGAUCGGCAGAUGUUUUUUGAAAAGUUGAAUCAUUUGGAGACUGCUGAGAGAAAGAGAAAGUAUUCAGAGGUUCUGCGUUGGGUUUUAGGUUCUGCAUUGGUUUUUAGGUUCUGCAUUGACAUCUGCAAAGUAAGGCAGGAAUUCCCAAACAGCGGCGGAUGGCUAUUGAAGCAACCCGACUACUCUAGCUGGAGACAAGACAGCGCCCCAAGAGUGUCAACCCUGUGGCUCAGUGGAAUUCCCGGGGCUGGUAAAACAGUUCUUGCGUCUCUUGUGAUUGUGAACUGCAAAGAAGAUGUAAAUGCUAGUACAGCAUUCUUCUAUUGCAAAUAUAAUGAUCCGCAGAGGAACACAUCUGUUGCCGUUUUAAGAACUUUACUAAGCCAGCUCUUAAAAUAUGAUAAUGAUCUUUUGCCUUGGUGUUAUGAUCUAUAUCUGAAUAGUGGCCAACUCUCUCUUUCAUCCGGAGAUCUCUGUAAGGAGAUUUUGAAAGCGGUUCUCACGAAUGGCGACAAGACCUUCAUGGUGGUUGACGGAAUUGAUGAAUGCGACAAGAAAGAAGCAAAAAUAUUAAUCAAUGUUCUCUGUGACAUGGUUACUGUCUGCGACUCGCAAAAUCCUGGGAAAUUACGAGUCAUGGUCGUCAGCCAAGAUGAGCCCGACAUUCGGAGGAAUCUAUCUGCCUUCUCUGAGUUAUCGCUCAAAGUCAUUGGCAAUGAAGGUGAUAUCCACCGUUUCGUUGAUGUAUGGUGCGGGAAGAUACAGGAUAAAUUCAAGCUCGAGGAGGAGGAGAGGGACUAUAUAUUUGAGUCGACGUGCCACCGAGGUAAUGGAAUGUUUCUCUUUGUCAAAUUGAUCAUGAUCAAUCUCUAUGAUCAGGUCUGCCUCAUGGAUCUACAGGAGCAAAUUCGGCCCGACAAAUUUCCGCCAGGCCUCAAAGAGGCGUAA